GUUAAACCAAUCGGUGAAAGUUUUCACAUAUCCAGUUUUGUCUGAAAAUAGAGUGUUUACUUUAUUAUAGCAGUGUGUUGAAUGAUAAACGCGUGUAACACUGAUUUUCUGAUAAGUGGUCGACUCAAGAGUUCAAACAAAGUUUAAAGGAAAAAACUGAACUUUGAACCAAUUCACAAAUCACGAUGAUCUAUUUGAUCCUUGUAUGACCAUCUAAACGGUCAUUUUAUUAAAUAUUAUAUAAUCUUAUUUAUCUAACGGCGUGGAUAGAGAGACAUGGAUGUGGGCAGAGAGACAGGUCUGUAUGUUAUUAUUACACAAUGCCAAGGUAAUAGAGCUGUAAGACAUCAGAUAUCAAAUGUGUGUGUGUGUGUGUGUGUGUGUAAAUGUUCAAAAGUCAGGUUCUGAAACAAGAGAAUCUGCAUGAACUCAUACUUGAAGACCCUGUAGGUUACUCUUCACCUUCCCAUCUCACGCACUUAUAAAAGGUUUGAUGGACAAACACACUGCUGAGGAAAAUUCACUAGUCAACCUGAUCCAGAUGAUGGUGGUGUCAGUCUUCUACGUGUUUAACUUUUUUGAGUUGUACACGUUAUAAAAGAAAUCAUUUUUAAGCAGUUUAAAAAUGUGGACGUGGAGGUUAUGAAGAAUAACACGAGGUAGUGUUUACAUGUCUACAGUAGCCCAUUUACAGACAAAAGCACCGCAAACUAUCUUUAUUCCUGUGCAGAUGUGGACAAUAAAACAUCUGGGAUAUCAGGGACAAUAAUAGUCUGAGACGUGAUACACGCUUAAACCUGUAGAGCUGCAAUACACACAUUCAGAUUCCAAAAAGAAGAGAUCUGUAUUUUCUGACAGGAAGAAAAACACAUCUGCGUCACCAACCUAUUCACAGGAAACGCAGCACAGUUUCACUUUCACUACAAACAGCAGUGACUGUAUUCUGUACGACGUGAUCUCAGAUAUCUGCGUGUUUUACUGAUCUUCGGUCUUCACAUUAUUCCGAGUCGCUUCAUGUGUGUGAUUUAAACUCUCCUCGGAAUCGAAUGAUGGAGGGAAAGAGAUCAGACUCACCAGAACCCAGCUGUGUGUCCAUGAAGAGUGACCGGUCAAUGGAACCCAUAACUAACUUCAGAGACAGAGACAGAUCUCCUGGUCUGAGAAUGAUGAAAAGAAAGAGAUCAGACUCACCAGAACCCAGCGGUGUGUCCAUGAAGAGUGACCGGUCAAUGGAACCCAUAACUAACUUCAGAGACAGAGACAGAUCUCCUGGUCUGAGAAUGAUGAAGAGAAAGAGAUCAGACUCACCAGAACCCAGCUGUGUGUCCAUGAAGAGUGACCAGUCAAUGGAACCCAUAACUAACUUCAGAGACAGAGGCAGAUCUCCUGAUACGAGACCACAACAGAAGAAAUCAAACCUCAGCGGAAAUCAGCUGGACUCCAUCUUCAAGGAGCUGGAACACAAAGUCAUCACUGUGAUAAAGAAUGAGCUGAAGAGGUUUAGGAAGCUCCUGAGUCCAGAUUACCCAGCAUGCACUGAGAGGGAGGUGGAGGAUGAGGAGGAUCUGCACAGUGUCAGAGACGGAGCGCUGAAGAUCACACUGCACGUCCUGAAGAACAUGAACCACACAGAUCUCGCUAACACACUGCACAACAAGUCUGAGGCCUCUGUGUAUCAGACAAAGCUGAAAUCCAGCCUGAGAGAGAAGUUUAAAAGAAUUAAUGAAGGAAUCUCACAGCAUGGAAGCUCAGCACUUCUGAAUGAGAUCUACACAGAGCUCUACAUCACAGAGGGGUGGAGUGGAGACAUCAAUAAUGAACAUGAGGAGAGACAGAUUGAGACAGCGUCCAGGAGACCAGCAACACAGGAGAAACCCAUCAAAUGUAACGAUCUAUUUAAAGACGAGUCCAUCAGAAGUGUGCUGACUGAAGGAGUUUCUGGAAUUGGAAAAACAGUCUCUGUGCAGAAGUUCAUUCUGGACUGGACUGAAGGAAAAGCAAAUCAGGACGUCACUUUCAUGUUUCCACUUCCCUUUAGAGAGCUGAAUCUGAUGAAGCAGAAACAUCUCAGUCUGAUGGAUCUUCUUCAUCACUUUUUCCCUGAAAUGAGAAAACUAGAAUUAAUAGACUCCUACAAAGUGCUGUUGAUCUUUGAUGGUCUGGAUGAGUGUCGACUUCCUCUAAAUUUCCAGAAGAAUGAGAGAUUGUGUGAUGUGACAGAGUCAGCCUCAGUGGAUGUGCUGCUGACGAACGUCAUCAAGGGGAAUCUGCUUCCCUCUGCUCUCCUCUGGAUAACCUCUCGACCAGGAGCAGCCAAUCAGAUCCCUCCUGAGUGUGUAGACCAGGUAACAGAGGUACGAGGGUUCAGUGAUCCUCAGAAAGAGGAGUACUUCAGGAAGAGGAUCAGUGAUCAGAGCCUGGCCAAUAAAAUCAUCUCACACAUGAAGUCUUCAAGAAGCCUCCACAUCAUGUGCCACAUCCCAGUCUUCUGCUGGAUCUCAGCCACUGUUCUAGAGAGAAUUUUGGGUGGAGCAGAGAGUGGAGAGAUCCCCAAGACUCUGACUCAAAUGUUCACACACUUCCUGAUCUUUCAGAUCAAACACAAGGACCAAAAGUACCAUCAGAAAUGUGACCCUGAUCCUCAGCAGACCAGAGAGAGUAUCCUGGCACUGGGAGAACUGGCUUUCCAACAGCUGGAGAAAGGAAACCUGAUCUUCUAUGAGGAAGACCUGAGAGAGUGUGGCAUUGAUGUGAGAGAAGCUUCAGUGUACUCAGGAGUGUGUACCCAAAUCUUCAGAGAGGAGUUUGGGCUUCACCUGGGGAAGGAAUUCAGCUUUGUACAUCUGAGUGUUCAGGAGUUUCUGGCUGCUUUAUACACAUUUCUCUCCUUCAUCAGCAGAAAUGUAACAGAACAACAAACCACUGAUCUGUCUGAUCUUCUCACCAAGUCAGACAUGUCUGAUCUCCUCAGGAGCGCAGUGGACAAGGCCUUACAGAGUGAGAACGGACACCUGGACCUGUUCCUCCGCUUCCUUCUGGGUCUCUCACUGGAGUCCAAUCAGACUCUCUUACGAGGCUUAAUGCCACAGACAGGAAGCAGCUCUCACAGCAAACAGGAAACAGUCGAGUACAUCAAGGAGAAGAUCAGGGAGAAUCCAUCUCCAGAGAAAUCCAUCAAUCUGUUCCACUGUCUGAAUGAACUGGGUGAUCAUUCUCUAGUGCAGGAAGUACAAACGUACAUAAAAAAAGGAGGCCACCAUCGUCUCACUGGAACCAGACUCUCUCCUUCUCAGUGGUCAGCUCUGGUGUUUGUGUUACUGAACUCAGAUCAGGAUCUGGAUGAGUUUAAUUUUAUUAAAUAUUACCCAUCAGAGGAAUGUCUUCUGAAGCUGCUGCCAGUGGUCAAAGCCUCCAGAAAAGCUGUUCUGUGUGGGAAGGAUCUGGCAGAGGAAAGCUGUAGAGGUCUAUCUUCAGUUCUCAGCUCAAACUCCUCCAGACUGAGAGAACUAAACCUGAGUCACAAUUAUUUCCUGGAGGAUUCAGGAGUGAAGCUGCUCUCUGCUGGACUGGAGAACCCACACUGUACACUAGAGAAACUGAGCCUGCGGUGGUGUAAUCUGACAGAGGAAAGCUGUAGAGUUCUGUCCUCGGUUCUCACCUCAAACUCCUCCAGACUGAGAGAACUGGACCUGAGUAAGAAUAACCUGCAGGAUUCAGGAGUGAAGCUGCUCUCUGCUGGACUGGAGAACCCACACUGUACACUGGAGAUACUGAAGUUGUGUGAAUGUAGGAUUACAGGUGAAGGUUGUGUUGCUCUGGCUUCAGCUCUGAGGUCAAACACCUCAUCACACCUGAGAGAACUGAAUCUGAACUACAAUAAUCCAGGAGAAUCAGGAGUGAAGCUGCUCUCUGAUCUACUGAAGGAUCCACACUGUACACUGGAGAAACUACAGCUGUGUGAGUGUAAUCUGACAGAGGAAAGCUGUAGAGCUCUGUCCUCAGUUCUCACCUCAAACUCCUCCAGACUGAGAGAACUGAACCUGAGUGAGAAUAACCUGCAGGAUUCAGGAGUGAAGCUGCUCUCUGCUGGACUGGAGAACCCACACUGUACACUGGAGAUACUGAGGUUGUCUUACUGCGGUAUUACAGAUGAAGGUUGUGUUGCUGUGGCUUCAGCUCUGAGGUCAAACACCUCAUCACACCUGAGAGAACUGAAUCUGUACUACAAUAAUCCAGGAGAAUCAGGAGUGAAGCUGCUCUCUGAUCUACUGAAGGAUCCACACUGUAAACUGGAGAAACUACAGCUGUGUGAGUGUAAUCUGACAGAGGAAAGCUGUAGAGCUCUGUCCUCAGUUCUCACCUCAAACUCCUCCAGACUGAGAGAACUGAACCUGAGUGAGAAUAACCUGCAGGAUUCAGGAGUGAAGCUGCUCUCUGCUGGACUGGAGAACCCACAUUGUACACUGGAGAUACUGAGGUUGUGUAAAUGCGGUAUUACAGAUGAAGGUUGUGUUGCUGUGGCUUCAGCUCUGAGGUCAAACACCUCAUCACACCUGAGAGAACUGAAUCUGAACUACAAUAAUCCAGGAGAAUCAGGAGUGAAGCUGCUCUCUGAUCUACUGAAGGAUCCACACUGUAAACUGGAGAAACUACACAUUAAGGGAUGAAUCAUUCACAUUCAGAUGCAGAAGUUCCACAGCAAGAACCGUAACUGAUCACAUCCUUUAUCCACUCAGCUCCACCUCACUUCAGGCUGGAAUAAUAAUAAUAAUAAUAAUAAUAAUAAUAAUAAAUCUCCGGUUCUCAGGUCAAAACAUGCCAUGUAUAUGAGUAGAAGUAAUCUCACAUUAUAACACAGAAAAGAAAAUGCAUUGUAAAUAAUAAUCAUGUAGACAAUCUGCAUACUGAAGAUCUUUACAUCAUUUUAAAAACAGAAUCGAAAACCUUCUUGUACAUUUACUGUAAAGUCGUUCCAUACAAUUUCAUACACAUGUUGAUAUUUAUCUUCUCUGUAUCUUGUUCUUACACAGACCUGAAACUCUAUACUCUCUGUAUUUUCUGUGUUUCAGAAAUUUCUAACUGAAAUAAAAUAAAGGAACUAUUGUAAAAAAUACAGUUUCAUGGUUAACAA